CCUCGCUGAAGCGGUUGCCGUGGCGAUGGAGCCAGCGCCCAAGCGAGUGUUGUCGUGGUCGGUGCGGGAGGUCCUGGAGUGGCUUCAGGAGCACCACCCCGGCCUGGUGGGCGUGCUCCAGAAAGCCGUGAUGAAGCACGCCAUUUCAGAAUGUUUCCCGGCCUAACAGACCAACCAUUCAUCCAACCAUUCAUCCAACCAUCCAUCCAACCAUCCAACCAUCCAACCAUCCAACCAUUCAUCCAUUCAUCCAUUCAUCCAUUCAUCCAUCCAUCCAUUCAUUCAUCCAUCCAUCCAUCCAUUCCUCCAUCCAUUCAUCCAAGAUGAGGGUGGGGAGAUGAAGACAAGAAGAAGAGAUGUCAUCUUCUCUCAUCAACCUCUGGUACUUGGCAUGUCAGAAGGUGCAGAAGGAAAUGGAAGCAGACAUCCGAGCCUCCUGAGACGCUGGCAGAUCAAUGUGGAGAAACCAAAGUCCCUUAAGCGCAGGGACCACGCUGAUGUUGACAUGACUGGUCGUGACAUUCAUCACUCCAUCAUUGAAAUUACGUCUGCUGGACCAGCCUUGUGGAGCCUGGAUGGAUGGGGUCCAUCCAUGGUGGUCCCGACACUGGUAUUGAUCACAGGUGGUGGAGGGCUGAAAGGUGCCUUGCUCCUCCUCAACGCAAGCGGGCAGCUCCCAUGGCGAAGUCAUUGGAGCUCUGAAGGGAACUCACUUCUCUGCUAUGAAGCUGUCAAUCAGCAGGACAGUGGUGACCCUGGAAUGGGAAGGGAACGGCAGGGAACGUUUUAAAGGACAAACUGCAAAGUUGCUUCUAGAGGAGGAAGAAGAGGUGAUGGAGGUCGCCUGCUUCCUGGGGGCUGUGCUUUUCGCCCAUUGAUCGACCUUAAUAUGUUGCUACUGUUGAAGAUGAUGCACACGCACACACGCACGCACACGCACACACACACAUGCACACACACACACAUCCUGAGUGGCAGUGACACCAAAAAUCAAUUUGCAGUGCAGACGUAGCACAAGUGCCUCCAAAAAUCAACAAGCAUGAAAGAUAUACAGUAUAUGAAUGUAUUGUACAUACUAUAUGUAUACGUAUAUGGCUGUACUGUAAAGUACAUAGAUGGCUGUACGGUAUACAGACAUCACUACCACCACCAUAUUUUACUGUUGCUACCAUUCAUUUUCUAUGCCACUUAUCCUUAUUAGGGUGGAGGUAUGCUGGAGCCUAUCCCACCUGACUUUGGGCAAGAGGCGGGGUACACCCUGGACUGGUGGUAGUUAUGUUGUCACUGACCAAUAUUUACAUUUGUUUAAGGGGUGGUCUCCAUAAUCACGCACCAUAAUAAUCAUUCAUUGAUUGAUUAGCUAUUGAUUUUCUGUCUCAUAGACUAAUUGGUGUAUAGUUGGCUCGCUCUCCCUGGUCACAUCCUUUAAGCUUUGGGGAAACAGCUGACACUUUUAGGAAGUUGGGAAAGACAGCUUGGUCUUACUUUACAAUAAGGUAGAUGAAAUAGAGUAGUUACUGAGGAACUGAUGAGGAACUCAGGCCUGCCAAUUUAGAGUAGUUACUGAGGAAGUAUCUAGAAGUGAAUGAGUAGUGAUUCGGGUUCCUGGUCAACUACUGUAAUGUGUCCCGUACGGAGAAGGGCUAGCAAACAGCUUCUCUAAAGGAUCUUUUUGUUAGCUGUGUUGAAAUUCACCUUCUCUCCAGGUGAGGCACGAGCUGCUCUGCUGCAAAU